AUGGUCGUGGCUUAUCGGCAUGACAGCAACUAUGUUAGUGGCGUAUCACGUUUUCGAUCUCGCUCGCCCUGGCAUCGCAACCCCGCGGACAUCGCAUUUAGGCCCUAUCGCCUUCCGCGUUCCACGCGCUUCCCCCCACCGUCUCUCACACACUCCCCCACGCACACCCAUGCUUCCCCUCACCGUCGCCCGAGCUCUUCCCCACCGUCGCCCGAGCUCUUCCCCACCGUCGCCCGAGCUCUUCCCCACCGUCGCCCAAGCUCUUCCCCACUGUCGCCCGAGCUCUUCCCCACCGUCGCUCACGCUUCCCCUUACCGCCGCUCACGCUUCCUCCUGCCUUCACCAACGCUUCCCCACAUCGUCGCUCACCCCUUCCUUCCUCCACCUUCCCUCACGCUUCCCCGCUCAUCGCCUACGGUUCCCCCCACCGACGCUCACGCUUCCCCCCACCGUCGCUCACGCUUCCCCCCACCGUCGCUCACGCUUCCCCCCACCGUCGCUCACGCUUCCCCCCACCGUCGCUCACGCUUCCCCCCACCGUCGCCCACACUUUCCCCCACCAUCGCCCACGCUUCCCCCCACCGUCGCCCACGCUUCCCCUCUCAUCGUCCUCCCUGUCGCCUGGAAAUGAGCCUCCCCGCCGACCUCCCUUCUCUCCCACCUCUCUCCACGUCGUCAUCAGUCCCCUGCCUAUCACGUUCCACCUCUUCAUCACCAUUGCUUCUCCACCCACGCCGCCCACCCUCUCAUCCGUUCCUAUCGGCUUUAGGUGCUGCUGCGGCUUUGGAGCAGAGCGCUGGGCGCACAGCCGGGGCAGCGCGUGCAGUUGGGCAGCAAGGAGCGCAGUGCUUCAGAUGA